AUGCUUGAUCUCAUUUGUCAUCUUUGUGACGACUACUACUACUCAGUAGAGUUUGACACAGACGAAGAGCUGGAUGAGCAUUUGGAGGCUGAGCACAACUGGUGUCCUUUCUGCUGCCAUGACUAUGAUACUCCGGCAGAACUUCUUAAUCACCAAAUUGACAAGCACAAUCUGUGUUGGAUCUGUCGAGAGUAUUUUGACAGUCGUUCUAACCUGAGACAUCAUAACCUAAUUCAUACUGCAAGACUUAUAGAGUGCCCUGGAUGCCCUCGGAAAUUCCCCACAGAAUCUGCCAUGGUGCUGCAUCUAGAGGUCGGACGCUGUCAAUCAGGCCUCUCCUGCGAUGACAUCGAUCGCUUUGCAUGCGAUUGUCGUCAAUCGCCAAAAUUUCUUGUUAACGGAGAUGAAUUGAGGUACAUAUGCCCAACUUGCGAGGGAACUUUCAAAUUCAUGAGUGGUCUUUUGCAGCAUGCUGAGAGCGAGCGUUGCGAUGAGAAUCUAGACGAGAGAUAUAGCCCUUUGGCGAUAUUUCUUCGUUAUCUUAAGUCACGCAUUACGCAUUCGGACAAAGGCUAUAGACAUACUACGCAGUGA